AUGCGCACUGUUUUGGAAACUAAAUCAAAAAUUCGCCCCAGAAAAAUUAUUAAAAAAAAUGAAGAAUUUGAAUUUGAUAAGAAGAUUAUUCCAGUUAUGGUCAAUCAAGUAGAAAAAGCAAGAGGAAACUACGACGAAAAACCCACAGGAGAUCUCUUAGAAACGAAUCGAUCUGACUAUGAAGAUAUAGACGAACUUGAAGAUGUACUUCGACCGUUAUUAGAAGAUGUGCAUAAAGCCAGUGUUGAACAAAAUGAAAAAAUUACAGAUUUAUGUGAAUAUGUUUGUCAAUGUUUAAAAUCAGAGUCACAGUCCAAUGGACAUGAUGAGCCCAAGAAGUUGUUAAAUCCUAUGUCAAUUGGUUAUUAUAAUGGGAAUGACAAAAAAGACACGUUGACAAAAGCAUUAUUUAACAGUGACAGAACAUUUAUUAAACCAACAAAUGAUACUACGACAGUGUCGCAUAAAAAACUAGAAAAAGUGGAAGCAAAAUUGAAAGAAAAGCAAGAGAGAAGAGCAAAAGACAAAUCAACAGCAGCAAACGACGAUCAAAAAGAUUUUAUGGACGAAGCAGUUGUCUCACAAGCAACGAAUAAGAAAUUAUUACAAGAAAAUGAAAAUAUUGGUGCUAGUCGAUCUUAUGAUGUUCAUAUUGACAACUUUGAUAUUUCAUAUGGAAAUAAAAUGCUAAUUCUUGCUGGUACGCUUGAUCUCAUAUACGGUCGACGAUACGGUUUGGUGGGUAGAAAUGGACUUGGUAAAUCAACAUUAUUACGUGUCAUAGCCAAUCGUAGUCUUUCACUUCCAUCUCACUUACGAAUACUUCACGUUGAACAAGAAGUAGAAGGAACAGAUACAGUAGCGUUACAAAGCGUAUUAGAAUGUGAUGAGAAACGAACGAGUUUAUUGAAAGAAGAAAGGGAGUUAAACGUAAAAUUACAAGCAAGUGGUGCUACUCAAGAUUCAUUUCUCACAAAACGUUUAACACAAGUAUAUCAGGAACUUGAACAGAUUGAAGCGGCUAAAGCUGAAUCUCGCGCAGCUGUCAUUCUGUGUGGUUUAGGUUUUACAUCAGAAAUGCAAGGAAAAGAAACAAAAUGUUUCUCUGGAGGAUGGCGCAUGCGAUUGGCGUUAGCACGCGCUUUAUUUUCCAAACCCGAUCUACUACUUCUUGAUGAACCGACAAACAUGUUGGAUUUAAAAGCCAUCGUUUGGCUUGAAAAUUAUUUACAAACAUGGAAAAGUACAUUGCUUGUUGUAUCUCAUGAUCGUACAUUUCUAAACACUGUUGCAACUGACAUAGUGCAUUUAAAUUCUCAAAAAAUCGACAGCUACAAAGGUAAUUAUGAUACAUUUUUGAAUGCUCGAAUUGAUCGACAAAAAAAUCAACAACGUGAAUAUGAAGCACAAAAAGAAUAUCGUCAGCACAUACAAGUAUUUAUUGAUCGUUUUCGUUAUAAUGCAAAUCGUGCUGCUCAAGUUCAAAGUAAAUUAAAAUUAUUAGAAAAAUUACCAGAAUUGAAACCAGUUGAAAAAGAACGUGAAGUACAUUUUCGAUUUCCUGAACCUGAAUCCCUUAAUGGAACAGUGUUACAAUUAGAUGAUGUCUACUUCGGUUACGCUAAAAAUGAUUUAAUAUUAAAAAAUGUCAAUUUAUCAGCAAAUUUAUCAUCAAGAAUAUGUAUUGUGGGAGAAAAUGGGUCAGGUAAAACAACGUUAUUAAAAUUGUUAGUUGAAGAAUUAGAACCAUUGAAGGGCAUGAGACACGGUCAUCGUAAUUUAAAAAUUGGUUAUUUUACACAACAUUUUGUUGAUCAAUUAGAAAUGAAUGUUACUUGUGUUGAAUUAUUACAAUCAAGAGUUCCUGGAAAACCAAUUGAACAAUAUCGUGCUGAAUUAGGUCGAUUUGGUAUAACUGGUGAUACAGCAUUGCAAACAGUGAUGAGUUUAUCUGGAGGUCAAAAGAGUCGUGUGGCAUUUUCAGUGAUGUGCAUGAGCAAUCCACAUCUGCUAGUACUUGACGAACCGACUAAUCAUCUUGAUAUGGAAACAAUUGACGCAUUAGGACAAGCAAUUAAAAAGUUUCAAGGUGGUGUGAUACUUGUAUCUCACGAUGAAUUAUUAAUUAAACAUAUCUGUACAGAAGCAUGGCUAUGUCGACAAGGAUCUGUAACAGCGUUAGAAUAUGGUUUUGAACAAUAUCGUAAAUUAAUCGAAUCAGAAUUACAAUAUUAG